AUGGCUGUCUGUGGAAGCCUCCAACACAUCUUCAAGAAACCCCCACCAGAAAACCCAACACUGCUGGAGUCCCUCUCUUGGAACCAGAUCAAACCCACAAAACCCAAUGAACAAGAUUCAUCAUCCUUCACAGAAAUCUUUGGGGAAUUACAUUUCAAAGAGAACCCAGAACCAUACCCACCCUCCCUUUCCCCUCCCACUCUUCCUCCCUCAACCACCAAAAAUGACCAAAUCACCCCCACCCCCACCACCAACAAAAACCCAUCACCAGAUUACCUCUCAACCAUUUUCUCAUCCAUGAAUUCAGAGUCCCUGCAGCUGUGCACGGAGGGUCUCGGGUUCGAAAGCUCCGCCGACGUGGAGGAACUGAGAUCCGACACGAAAAUCAACGGUUGGGAAGAGAAGGGAGAGGUGGUAGGGAUUGGGAAGGAGAGUUUUUUGCAUGGUGAGAGUGGUGGGAAGGGGGAGUUGAUGAGGAGGGUGAGGAAAAGUGGGGGGGAGUUUCCUCCGCCGAUUUCUUCCAUUGGGGAGAGUGGGAAGCCUUGGGUGUGGUUCAAGUCUUAUAGGCAGAAUGGUAGGUUUGUUUUGAAGGAGAUAAGGGUGCCGAAUCAGGAGUUUCUGCAUGCUAGCAGGGAGGAUGGACGGUUGAAGUUGCAGUUUUUUCAGGCGGAUGGAGAGGAUGGAGAAGAUGAUGAUGAUGAUGAUGAUUAUAAUGAUGAUUAUGAUGAUGAGAGAGAUGGGAUUGUUGGAGAAGAAGAAGAAGAAAUGGAGGAAAUGAUGGGGAGAUGA